GAGAAGCCGUGGCGCUGGCGCGUGUUUACCUUUGGCCACCCUAACCUUUUUUUCCCCCCUCGCUGACCUGCGGUUGAACCUGCGAUUAACAGCGCUUCGCCAGUUCGAGGAUUUGCUGCAUCUCUUUUUUUGCUGGUGGUGCGGAUUCUUCCUCGCAGGCCCCCGAAUGUAAAUAUAAACUCCUGUUUGUGAGGUGAACUGAAGGCCAAGGAUUACUUUUAGGGGGAGAGGCCGAAGGCCGGCCCGUUCCUCAGCACGGGAGAGGCUUAGGCGGUGUCGAAGGGGCGCCCACCGGCGGGAUUGGCGCGUCUCCUGAGCUGGGGAUUUGACCCCAAAAGCCAUUCCUGACGGACGUUGGCCAAGAGGAAAAAGUGGGGGGCGGGCGAACGAACGCCAAGUCUACUCCAAACUCGGUCGUCCUGGGGGUCUUACACUUCCAGAUUUUAGCCAUCUAAUUUUACUUCUGUUUCUGCCUUCGUCAAUUCCUGGUUGACUGGAUAAGUCUCUGCAUUUCCUUUGGCAAGAUUUUCAGAAGUGGUUUCGGGUAGUCUCCUUCCUAGGGCUGGAGAGAGUGGUGGGUCCAAGGUCACCCGGCUGGCUUUUGCCUCGGGCAGAACUAGAACCGUCUCCCACUUUUAACCACUACACCAGUGUUGUUCUCUAGUUUAGGCGGUCAUCUCUCUGGGGAGGGGGCUGGUGGUCACAAAUUCUUGCCGAUCAGUUGAAGAUAUGCCUAUGGAUCCGAAUCUAAUGGCUUCUCACUUCUGGACACCCGUACUCUCCUUUUUCCAAGGCUCUCCGGUGCAAGAAUGACGAUGCCUAUGAAGGCAGUAGUGAGGAACUGCUACCAAAACUUGACCGACUCGAUCUCAAUAUGUGUGACAACUAUUUGGUUCGAAACCAGAUCAAAUCUGAAGCCAGAUGGAGCGGAUCCCUACAGAUAUUUCCCUCCCACCAGAGCCAUGAGGGGAAGGGGAUUAACAGUACAGAUCUAAUUUAAUCGCAUGAAGCUUAUUAUUGAUUACUUAAUUAUUUACAUAGCUGCAUCAGAAGGUUGCCUAGAUCGGUGAAGAGCAAACCUCCAGAGACAACAAGCUCAGAUUAGUCUCUGGAGAAACGAUGAAACCUCCCAUAGGUGGUGGUUAAAAAGUAGUCAUGGACAAAACGGUAGAGAAGUCUAACAUUGAUCAUCUAAAUUACAAAAUCUCCACUCUGCAGAAGGUGUGGAAGGCUCUAAUAGAACGGUUAAAGUCCUGAGCAAAGUUCCCAGUUCAAUAACAUUGUUCAUCAAGUUGAGGUGUUAGGGGAGAACAGGAAACCAAAUGGACCUUGUGGCGCCAAAGUGAAACUAGAUUAACUCGCGAACGGUAUACGCCUUUAGAUAACAAACAGCAGGCCGGAAUUCAGCAAAUCCUCCUCACUCGUUUCAUUUCCAUGCCCGAAAAAGUAUUGAGAUAAAUUGCAUUUCUGCAUAUCAUGCAGAACGCAAACGAGGGAGAGGCUGGAAAACCCGAGGGCAGGCAGGCGGUGAAGGUGACUUUAAACCCAAAUAGUUUGACUCAAGGAAGUUGCCAACAAUUUAGCUGCCAGCAAUGCUCAGGAUUUUCACAGGUAAUUAUUAUUCAUAGAGGAAUUUCGCAACUUCUCGAGUGGGGGAAAUACUUAAGAGGGAUAUAACUUUUAAGAAUGUGGGCCAGCCAGGGAUGGACUCUGAUCGAGGAGAUCCGGAUCCUACAACCAUGAAACUCUCUGGGUGACUUUGAGGCAGUCCCGCUGCCUUUCCGGACGCCGACGCUGGGAAACUAGGAGGGAAUGGGGUUGGGUUAGUAGGAAACCGGACCGAGCGCUGGUCAAGACUGUAAUUGACGAUUCGCGUCCAGUCGGUUUUUUAUUUAUUUAGAAAUGCCCGGAUCAGGUUCGCUCUUCCUUUCUUACAUAACACGAGUCUUCAUUUUGUGCUGGGCUGCAUCACGGGCUGGUAAAACGAAAGGAAGCAACCGCCUUUCCAGGAAUUGGUUAUUUUUAAGUACAUACAUAAUUAGGAACUCCACGGUCUCAACGUUUACUGUGCGAGAAAAGGCGUCUAGACAGCGGCUUCGGUUGCUCAGCACGCUUAACCAAUUCGGUGAAAACCCUCACAGCGCAUUUCCAGAACACUUUAAGCCUUUUCAAUCAAAUCAUAUCUUUAUUGUGGUCACAAACCAGCAUAAGUCUGUUUAUUGGUUGAUUGGCCGUGGCUUAUCUGUUUUGAGAAUAAACCUGGUUAGUUUAUAUUGCGGUAAAUUUUGGAUACCCAAAUUUGCGUGAACAGAGUAAACUCGUUCGAGGUUCAGGACUUUCAAUGAGAUUAGGAAAAAAAAUCUAUUAGAGCUUUUCAAUUGCCGAAGGAGGUCUAUUAUGCCCAACCAGCUGAAAUUCGGCUCAGCCUGGCUUGUGAGAAAAGCUGGUUCUCCAGGGAGGAAUCGAAGCAAAACUCCUAGGCCUUGAAACGAGACUAAAGGAACCCUAAAACAACCAUUGCAGCUCAAAUUAGCUUUCCCUUUACUGGCUGGGGAUUAUGGGUGCUACAUGUGAUAUCUGAAGGACUGAAGGCUAAACUGCUAUAAAUCUCGUUGAAUUCAGUAGGCUGCCGCUUAAAACACGAAAAACUGGGCGUCUUAAUAAUGGGCUGCUCAGAAGCGGACAAUUGUCGGAAAGGUUUUAAAGACCCUCCGUCGAAUUUAGGAAUUUACUUUUGAGCAAACGAGGAGCAGGAAGGGACCGCCGCGCUGCCCCUGAAUAGCCAGAAUCACUUGCCUUUAAUUGGGUGAAAAAUCUGGUUGCUCCGCUGCUCAGCACAAUCCCGAGGCGCGUUUAUUCAGAAGAAGCCCUGCGCGGCCGCAAGCAGAUUUUUCGCCGAGUUAUUCUAUUUCGGGAAUAAGCUUUUAAGGCUGUGUAACCCGCAUACGUAUUAACCUGGUUCACGCAUCUCGCUUAACCCUAAAUCUACCGUAACCGGCUUCAGUUUUACACCCGCGCUAAGCCCAACCAAACCAUGCCACAGAACGCGUGAACCCAACCAGGGAACAAGAGACUGCGGUAGAUUCCGAAUCAACGCUGCUAGCUUUACCCUGUUCUACUUGGAUUGCCAGUCCCUCGUUUAGUCGCUGUUCCUAUGGCUUGGUUUCUAGUUGCAAGGGCGGACUCCGGGGUCGAAACACUGAGGAUGGCACGGCGAGGCCGAACCGGCGGAUCCUGCGAGCAAACGCGCGAACGCCCCGCCGCACCUGCUUCCCACGCAGCCCUGAGGCUCGAGCGAGAUGCCCGAUUUCUCCAGGUGUAAAGAGGACGGCUCCGAGAACAGCCGCCUUGGGAUCCGAGCUGCAGAGCUCCCUUUAAUUCUUCAGAAGGAGUAUCCGCACACCCCCAGGAGCUGAUCGCCCGGAGCUGUUAGCGGGCCCGAGUGAAAGGAGACCUCGCCCGCUUCGGGCCCGCGGUUUGGCGAAGGGGCGGGGACGGGAGGGCGCAAACCCCCCCCCCCCAAAGGCUUGAAGCCAGGGCAGGGCGGGGUGGAGGAAACGACGGGGCGGAGCUUGCUGGCCACCAGCAGCAAUUAAAGCUGAACUUUGGAUGAACUAAUUGAUCGUCCGGACCAAGGUAAAGUGGGCAGCGACCUGGGGGCGAGGAUGGGUAUAAAAGGGGUCCCCGAAGCGGGGCUUAGCCGUUGCGGUCCGUCGCUCGGCGAGAGGGAGGAGGCAGGUGCCCGCUGCCGCCGCCGCCUCCGCUCGAGCAUGGGCUUCUCCCUUCUGCUGGCCAGCGCCGUGGGCACCCUCGUCCUGGUGCCGCUCUUGCUCUGCCUGGCCUCGGUGAAACUCUGGCAGCUCUACUGCCUGCGGGGCCGCGAUCCCGCUUGCCCCUUGCCGCUGCCGCCGGGCACUAUGGGGCUGCCUUUCCUGGGAGAAACUCUCCAGCUGGUGCUGCAGCGUCGGAAAUUCCUGUCGAUGAAGCGGCGGAGAUACGGCCACAUCUACAAGACGCACCUCUUCGGGAGGCCCACGGUGCGGGUGAUGGGGGUGGAGAACGUGCGGCACAUCCUGUUGGGGGAACACCGGCUGGUGGCCGUGCACUGGCCGGCUUCGGUGCGCAUCAUCCUGGGCUCCGGCUGCCUCUCCAGCCUGCACGACGGCCAGCACAAGCACCGCAAGAAGGUCAUCAUGAAAGCUUUUUCCCGGGAAGCCUUGGAGCAUUAUACCCCAGUCAUCCAGGAGGAGGGUUUGAAAGCACGGAAUGUCAUCCAUGCCAAAAUUGAAGAGAUCAUUCGAGUGAAAUUGGCUGAGAAGGAGCCCUCCAAUGGUUAUAAAGAUGUGUUGCAGCUGUUGAUAGAGCACACCCAAAGCAGAGGAGAACAGCUCAACAUGCAGGAGCUCAAGGAAUCUGCAACCGAACUUCUCUUUGGCGGGCAUGAGACCACAGCUAGUGCAGCCACAUCUCUGAUUACCUACCUCAGCCUUCACCCUAAAGUGUUACAAAAAGUGAGAAAGGAAUUGCAAGAGAAGGGAUUGUUGGGCAAUUGCAGUCAAGAGAAGCUUUUGGGAAUGGAAGUCCUGGAGCAGCUGAAAUAUACUGGCUGUGUUGUCAAAGAGACUCUCCGACUCAGCCCGCCAGUUCCAGGGGGGUUCAGGGUAGCCCUCAAAACUUUUGAGCUCAAUGGAUACCAGAUUCCAAAAGGCUGGAAUGUUAUAUAUAGCAUCAGUGACACCCACAGUGUAGCUGAGCUUUUCACCAACAAGGAAGAAUUCAAUCCUGACCGUUUCAUGGCUCCUUUCCCAGAAGAUGCAUCACGAUUUAGUUUCAUUCCUUUCGGAGGAGGCUUGAGAAGCUGUGUGGGCAAAGAGUUUGCCAAACUUCUUCUCAAAAUAUUCACAGUAGAGUUGGCCCGGAAUUGUGAUUGGCAGCUUUUAAAUGGACCUCCAAUAAUGAAGACCGGCCCCACUGUUUAUCCAGUAGACGAUCUCCCUACAAAAUUUACCACUUUUAAAGGCUGAGACUAAUUCCAUUUAAAGCUUGCACAUCGGCUUUUUAUAAUCUCUUAAAUUCAAUGUUGUAUAAUUAACUUUAUAAAGUCAUAAUAGUUAUUUAUAAAGUGUUCUUUUAAAAAUGUUUCUUAUAUUAAACUUAGUUUUUUUUAAAGCAA